AUAUAGCAAAAACAACAUGAAAAUCUUGCUAUUGCUCGCUGUUUUUCACCUAGGCUCGAUUCAAGGUAAAAGUGUGGUGCCGGUACUGUCUCUGGAUGGUAAAACGAAGGCUGGGAAUAAAACUGUUACUGCCGAUCUCGAGUACCUCCCAUUCAUAGCGCUCAUAGACAAGGACAAAGACACGAGCGAGUACUGGCGGGAGACGGAGAUCUUGUCUCUGGUCCGGAACAAGGAGAUGGACAUAGACUACGACAGGUGCGAGCAGAGCAGGCCCUCGUCGACGUUGGUACAGAUACCUAGCAAGAGGACGGUCAGGCCGAUCUGUAAAGGCAGGAUUGAUUAUCAAGUUUGUCCACAAUGUCCACAUUUCAACAAUCAAACCGAAUGUGAACUGUUUCGGGAUUCGUGUAGAGAGCGGCACGUCCACCCUUCCGAGUACGACCGCUACUGCGACGCCAAGUACGGCAAAUGGAGGACCAUGUUCGUGCCAGCAGACUUCUCCCAGUGCCGGUGCUGUGACGAAUGCAUAUUCUACAGAGAAUUGGACCAAUCCUGCAUGGAGGACGAAUAUAGCUUUGAUGCUGAAGAGUUUCUACCGGUAACUACAAUCGAUUUUCGUGCUGGUUGCAAUCCUUACUGGGGUCACCCUGAGCAAGAGCUGAGAGCACUGAAAUGUGAUAAAAACCUUCGCAGAUGCGUUCCUGUAUCAGUGCCGUCGAUUCCUAAUGAAACUUUGAACAUUCGGCGUAGUUUCCGCUACGAGCCUCCGACCGGGGGCCCCCUGUGCCCCGUCUCGUGUCGGGGCUACGCGUGCCCCCCGGGGCAGUUGCCUGAGCACGAGUGUGCCCCGGGCGCGUUCUUACCAGACAAGGAGCAGUGCAACUGCUGUGGCCGGUGCAGCGCGUAUCACCAAUUAAACGAAAAAUGUGCUGAGUUCAAGAAAACUGUACAUGAUGUCAAUGGUACCAAGGAGAUUGAAGUGGAAGAAGAGUUCUUGGAGCCAGGAUGCGACGACGGGCUGGUCUGCCGGCAGGGCAAGUGCCAGGACAUCCACACGGUGGUGACCAGCUCCGGCAGUCGAAAGAAGCGGGACGAGAACCUUGACGAAGCUAAUGAACCAUGUAAGCGUGAGAUGAAGUACUUCAAGAAGAAGUACGGAGUCGACGGCCACCUUCACUACGACGCGCCGCAGUGCACCCCGUUGUGGCUAUACGCUCCGGUGCAGUGUCGCCGAUUCAUAUGCUACUGCGCCCUGGAAGACGGCACCAUCAUACAGGGCAUCAAAGUCCCCAGGGUGGAGGUCUCCAAUAUGAACUGCGACUGUGCCCGCGAGAAGUGUCGCACCGGUUCGGACGUGGAGUGCGAUGGGUUCGGCAACUACAAGGAGGCUGUCUUUACCCCCCACACUGGGGAUUGGGCUGCUUCUGAGGAAGAGGGGAGUGACGGCAAACCUCACCGCACUACACUCGAUCCACUGCUAGAGCGGACCACUCCAGUCUUGCAUACCAUGUGAUCAACAUUCCAUAGAGAACCAGAUUCGAACGAUUGACUAGAAAAACUCAUGCUAUUGUUAUUAAUUUAUG